GACGCGCUAACACUUGCCGGCGCAGAGCGAGAUGCGCAUGUGACGACGCGUUUUUUUUUUUUUUUUUUAAUCUCACACGGGUAUGUAGAAAAUCAGGUCGAUCCUCAGACGAUCAGAUGGAAGUGGGUGGACAGUGGCGUGUGCAUAUAGAUCCUCCCACCAGCAUCAGCGUAUUUAUACGGCAAAAGCGUCGCCGUCGGUCGUGAUCGCAGGACACGGCGGGGAGGAAGAGACACCAUCCACAUCGCGUGCCAGCUCUGGCCCAGGCUCCAACUAUGCCUCUUCUGGAAGAGACCACUCAACAACAAGCGCACCCACCCAUUCUUCCCGUCAUCAUCAUAGGCAAUGGACCAUCGGGUAUUUGCCUGUCAUACCUGCUAAGUGGCAACAAGCCCUAUCUAGACCCGACAACGGUCCACCCAAACCCAAUACUAUACCGAAAACUGGAGGAGACCAAACACCAAGCCAUUACUGAACAGGACCUAGAAUAUUUGAGUGAAGGUCUUGAGGGGCGGUCAAGGAACCCCGUGGCUGUGCUGUUUGACACACUACUGCACCCAAACGCCGACUUUGGCUAUGAGUACCCUCCUGUGCUUCAGUGGAGGAGGGACAAGCAGCAACACAUCCCACAUCUCGUUUUAGGGAGAGCAAGGCCUGGAGGAGCCUGGCAUGCAAUGGAAGAUUCCAUGCUGACAAUAAGUCUUGGCAUCUGGAUGGAGCUUCCUGGAAUAAACUACAGAGACCUGAUCAGCGGAAAACGAAGGGAUGCCACCAAUGACAGGGCCACCCCUGAGGAGAUCUCAUCCUAUUACCGCAAUUAUGUGAAUCUAAAAGGCCUCCAAAAGAAUUUUGUCGACAACACCUCUGUGACCUCAGUCCAAAGACUCUGCAGGGACCACAAGAUUGAGAAUCUGGAAAAUGGACAUACUUGUCUUGGAGACGAAAGGGUGGAUGAUGGUGGAAAUGAGAGCUUUGAGGGAAAUGGAAUAGAAUGUGUUAGCGAUGGGGGACUUGGGUCACUCUGGGAAGUAAGGGGAUACCAACAAGUGCAGAACAACACUCACGCCCCCUUCUCUCUGUUUGCAGAGAAUGUAGUUCUCGCCACUGGUGCAUCUGAUUCACCAAUUCGAUUAAAUGUGGAGGGGGAGGACCUACCCUUUGUGUUCCACAGCGUCUCCGAACUGGGCUUGGCUAUUAAUCUGCAAAAGCUGGAUACAAACUCAGAUCCAAUAUUAAUAGUCGGUGCCGGUUUAAGUGCCGCAGAUGCAGUUCUGUGCGCUUGCAGCUGCAAUGUUAGAGUGCUGCAUGUCUUUCGAAAGAGCGUUGAUGACCCUGACAUCAUCUUCAAACAGUUGCCAAAGACCUUGUACCCAGAGUACCACAAAGUGUACAAUAUGAUGUGCUCCCAGACCUACACAAAUAUGGUUCCUUCAUCUUCUUCAAACAGGGCUCAGACAAUGUGUAUUGCUUCUUCAGUUUGUGCCAAGAUGUGCCCCAAGCCACAGUUGGCCAGAGCUAACAUGGCCAAUAACGCCAGCGUCAGCCUCUUUCCCAACUACACGAGUUUCCCCGGACACUGCGUGGUGUCCUUAGAGUCAGAUAAGAAGUGCUUGCUGCAGGGGAACAAUUCCCUGAAGGCAUUUAAGAUCUCCAUGGCCCUGGUUUUGAUUGGAACCAACCCCGAUUUAUUUUUCUUUAAGGGCCAGGGCCAGUAUCUGGGUCAAGAUCCCACAAAACCCAUAUCCUGCAAGCAGAACCCCAUUGACAUCCACCCGUACACCUUUGAGUGUACCAAGGAGCCUGGGCUGUUUGCCAUGGGCCCACUGGUGGGAGACAAUUUUGUCCGGUUUUUGAAAGGCGGUGCCUUAGGCAUCGCCUCCUGCCUUCUGAAGAGACUCAAGAAGAAAGGGAAGCUGAUUAGCAAUGGAGGGAAUACCUUAAUUUGAAAUGCUUGGUGGAAAAGAGUUAAUACAGUGGAGGACAUAAUUAUUUGAUCUCACUGAGUUUGUAAGUUCACUCACUGACAAAGACAUGAGCAGUCUAUAAUUUUAAUGGUAUGUUUAUGUUAACAGUGAGAGACAGAAUAUUCAUUCAUUCAUUUUCUGUACCGCUUAUCCUCAUGAGGGUCGCGGGCGUGCUGGAGCCUACCCCAGCUAUCUUUGGGUGAGAGGCAGGGUACACACUGAACUGGUUGCCAGCCAAUCGCAGGGCACAUAUAAACAAACAACCAUUCACACUCACAUUCACACCUACGGGCAAUUUAGAGUCUUCAAUCAACCUACCAUGAAUGUCUUUGGGAUGUGGGAGGAAACCGGAGUACCCGGAGAAAACCCAUGCAGGCACAGGGAGAACAUGCAAAUCUCCACACAGGUGAGCCCGGAUUUGAACCCGUGGUCCUCAGAACUGUGAGGCAGAUGUGGUAUAAGCAGUCGUCCACUGUACCACCAGAGGCAGAAUAUGUAAAAGAAAAUACAGAAAAUCAAAUUUAAAAAAAGACAAAAAUGUAUUUGCAUUUCGUUGAGUUAAAUAAGUAUUUGAUCUCCUACCAACUACAAAGAAUUCUCACUUGCACAGACUAGUCCUCUAACUUUAAGAAACUAAUCCUAAUCUAAACUCGUUAGAUGUAUGAAAGACGCCUAUCUCAACUUGUUACCUGGAUUAAGACAUCUGUCCACAGAAUCAAUCAAUCAGACACUAACCACUCCAUCAUGGGCAAGACCAAAGAACUUUCUAAGGACAUCAGGGACAAGAUUGUAGACCUGCACAAGGUUGGAAUGGGCUACAAUACCAUUGGGAAGAGGCUGGCUGAGAAGGAGACAACUGUUGGUGCAAUAAUUAGAAAAUGGAAUAAACAUACAAUGACUGUCAAUCUC